GGUCGCCUCGGUUUUAAGGUGCGUCUGCCCGCCUUCGUGUUUGCUUUGUGGUGGCUGCCGGGUCUCCUCGCAGACAGGUGUUGCCCGGUGAGGCCUGGGACAGGCUCCCCGUUAAGGGGCAGGGUGUCCCGAGGUGCUCUGCGAGUUCUCCCCCCGCCCCCCGCUCGUUCCUUUUCCUUUGUAAGUAAACCCGCUAUUGCCCCUUUGUGUGCGGGCCAGGCCCCCCAGAGUGGCGCCAGCUCACACCGGGGUGCCCUGUAAGGACACCUCCCUCCCUCUGCGGUGCGGGGUGGGCUUUGGCCGCCGCGCCGGCCCUGUAGCCCCCCAGAAGUGUGUCGCCCGAACAGGCCCAGGGGUGGUGGUGGAGGGAAGUGGGCUCGCUUGGUCUAGGUUGGGGCCGGGUCUAGGUUGGGGCCGAGCGCUGCUGUGCCCUGGGCCAGUCAUUGAGAGCAUUUGCGCGCAUCCUUUGACGGUUUCCUGCAAGUGGUUUACUGAAGGAUCAGGCAACUAUGAGAUACUGCGCCUGUUAGGUUUGGCCUUCCUGCUCUAAUUUGAAUUUUGGCACCCGAUCUAGUGCUGUGUUUCCCCAUGUUUCUUAGUACACUGCACUCCAGUCUAAGAUCUCAUCAGAGCGGCUUUGAUCACCCCGGGAAAUAGCUCUGAAAGAAGCAACUCUUUAAGAACAGCCUCAAGCUUUCCCACAACUGAUCCCGAGUGAGGGCAGAAAACAGCAGGCUCCCAGGAAGGAUGUCCCAGCGGAGUGCUUCUUUGUGAAAUGUGAUGGAUCGCUCGUUAGCAGCGACGACAUAGUGCAGCAUGGAGCAGUUUACAGUUUGGAACCCAGGCUUCGAGGUGGAAAAGGAGGUUUUGGAUCCAUGCUCAGAGCACUUGGUGCUCAGAUCGAGAAGACGACCAACCGAGAAGCCUGCCGGGACCUCAGCGGGAGGAGGCUGCGCGACGUCAACCACGAGAAAGCGAUGGCCGAGUGGGUGAAACAGCAGGCUGAGCGGGAGGCCGAGAAGGAGCAGAAGCGCCUGGAACGACUGCAGAGGAAGCUGGCGGAGGCCGGGCGCUGCUUCGCCAGCCCCGACUACCAGCAGCAGUGCCACGAGAUGGCCGAGCGCCUGGAGGACUCGGUCCUGAAAGGCAUGCAGGCUGCCUCCAGCAAGAUGGUACUGGCGGAAAUUGGGGAGAAGCGGAAACAACCUCAUAAAUCAGAAACAGACGGAGGAGCCAGUGCGAGGAAGAGGAAAUGUUUUUGGCUGGACAUGCAAGGACUAGAGACCGCACAGGGGUCCAGCUCGGGGAGCUCAGACGACGACAGUGAGGAGGCGCCUAGCACUUCAGGAGUGAGCUUCCAGCUUCCGAAACACAGCAGUGGUGGGGUCGAGACGGCCCCUGAGCUUCCUCAUGCUUCCCAGAGGACAGGCGUGUUGACUCCGGACUCGAGAUCACCGGAAAAACGACAGGGACUUGUGCCUGACUCUGGGAACGGUGUUGUGGGAGAGCAGUACGCGGAGCUGGGCGAGCCCGCCGCCCCAGAGCACGCGGCCGUGAAGGUGGCCAGAGGGCCGGAGCGGGACAGAGAGGCCAGGAGUGCGGGUCCUGCAUCUGCGGGAAGGGACGCCGCGGCCGCGCUGACGAAGGAGAAAGAGACAGAAGCGCCGGAGGGGGACAGAGCGGCCCGGGGGGCACCCGGAGCAGACAGGGAAGCCGCGCCCCCCGCCAGGCCAGAGCAGGGCCAGCCGGAGGGCCAGCCGGAGGGCCCGGCAGGAGCCGCGGGUACCGGUCGGGCAGCUGUGGACUUGCUGGCCUUCAGCUCGGCCGCGGAGAUGGAGUCGCUGGGUCUGGAGAAGCUCAAGUGUGAGCUGCUGGCCCUGGGGCUCAAGUGUGGGGGCACGCUGCAGGAGCGGGCCGCCAGGCUCUUCGCCGUCCGAGGGCUGACCAGGGAGCAGAUGGACCCCGCUCUGUUUGCCAGGCCUGUGAAAGGGAAGAAGGCGGCUCCGGCGGGGCGGACGCCUGGCCUCUCCGCAGCCCGGCCCUGAGCCGCCGCCUCGCGGCUGCUCUUGGGCUGCAGCAAUUCUCGCGAUCCCUGCGCAAGCUGGUUCUUCAAGCUGACUUUUAAUAAACUGGCUGUCCUCUCACUGUUGCCUUGCUGGUUAAUGUGUGACGCCAUCUGGCGUGCGAGUUUUCUUUGUGGGAGACUUUAAAUACAUUAAAUUCUUUUAAUAAAUGCAGAGCUGUUGAGAUUUUUGGUUUCAUCUUGUGUCGAUUAGGUAAGUUAUAUUUUCAAGGAAUUUAUGCAUUUGAGCUUAAUUGCCACAUCUGUGGACAUAAACCCACAUUCGUCUCUUCCCACCCUGCCACCGUCUCGGCUGUGGAGACGCGAGCCCGUUCUCUCCAACCCGACACUCAUAAUUUCUGCUUUUCCAGCUCUGUCUAACCAGGAGUGUC